AUGGACGGAAUAAGUGUGGAAGUUUUCGGUGAAAAUCAAGCCUGGUACAAGGGAUCCAUUACAGACAUUUUCGAUGAUGGAAUUAUGAUUGCUUUUGAAAAUGAUUGGCAAGAAGAAUCCAAAUUCUUGUUCAGUCAAGUGCGAUUGCCGCCGAGCGGGCCGCUGGACAACUCGCUUAGCAGCUUCACAGAAGGCAUGGAAGUCGAAGUUUUUUCUCGUUCCAAUGAUCGUGAAGCUUGCGGAUGGUGGAUGGCAGUUAUUAAGAUGAUGAAGGGCGAAUUCCUCGUCGUCGAGUACCUUGGAUGGGAUAACGCGUACACGGAAAUCGUUCCCAGCGAUCGUCUGCGUCCGAAAAACACAAAUCCACCCGUCACGAAUAAAACAUUUCACAAAUUUGAGAUUCCAGUUCAGGAGGAUUUGCGUGAAUAUUCAAAAUUGGAAGGCGUUCACAAAGAGUUCCAAAAAUUCGUAAAUGCCGAAAUUUGUCGCUAUGUGCCGGAACGCGGGGUUUUGCUGCUCAUUUCACGCAGCGAUCAACUCGCCAAGCGCGCUGGAAUGAUGCAAGAAAUGCAUUUUAGGAAUUUAAGUCAGAAGGUCAUGCUUUUGAAACGAACUGAAGAAGCAGCACGUAUACUCGAGUCAACGAAAUUGCACAACACUGGAAGUGGAAAUUCGUAUCGUGGAAGUUUCAUGGAGGAAUUCCAAGUGCGCGACGAUCUGAUGGGCCUGGCGAUCGGUGCUCACGGUGCCAACAUCCAAAGUGCUCGAAAAGUCGACGGUGUCACAAACAUCGAACUCGAAGAAAACACGUGCACGUUCAAAAUCUACGGCGACACGGAAGAAAGCGUCAAAAAAGCGCGCUCCAUGCUGGAAUACAGCGAGGAAUCGUUGCAGGUACCGCGAUCUCUCGUCGGCAAGGUCAUCGGAAAAAACGGUCGAAUAAUUCAGGAAAUUGUCGAUAAGAGUGGCGUUGUUCGAGUAAAGGUGAUUGAGGGAGAAAACGAGCCGCAACCGAGUAUUCCGCAUGAAGAUGGUCAAGUUCCUUUUGUCUUUGUUGGCACAAUCGAAAGUAUCAGUAAUGCCAAAAUUUUGUUAGAAUAUCAUUUAGUGCAUCUAAAGGAAGUCGAGCAAUUACGUUUGGAAAAAUUGGAAAUCGAUCAGCAGCUGCGAGCGAUACACCAAACGGGAAAUAACACAUCAACGCAGAGCUUUACCUCGUCACGACGCAACGAGCGCGGUUACAGCAGUGACAUGGAUUCGAAUCGGCGCGGAGGUCCCCGGGGACGUGGCAGAGGAGGACCUUCGGGCAGGGGACGUUAUCAAGGAAACAAUCGACGAGAUAACGAUGAAGAAUACCAAGGACGUGGCGGCGAAUUCAACGGCAGACGCAGAGGUGGCUUAAACAAUCGGAGAUCUGAACCACGAAUGGGCGGAAAUCGAAAUUUCGGACGAGACUCGAUGUCGCGCGACGAUAACGGCGGAUACAACAACAGAAAUAGUGAUAAUCGGGAUUUCAGUAGUGUUGAUAGAGCUGAAAGUCAGUCAUCGAACGAGGGAUUCAACAAUCGACGUCGACGCCGACAAAAGAACCCUCCCAGCAAUACAAACGGCUCUUACAAUCGCGACGAAAGUCGAAGCGGAGCCGGCACGUCAUCCCAACCACAACAAUCCGCUUCAUCGUCAUCGCAGCAGGUCAAGCAAGAAAAUCCAACUCCGGCAGAAAGCAAUACGCCAUCGACACCGCAACCGAAUAACACGCAGGCACCUUCGACGAACAACGCGGCGUCGUCACAGCAACCAGCUCCGCAGCCACAGAGACCAAACAAGGGCGGAGGCCCACGUGGUGCCGACAACAAUACGAACAAACAGCAACAACGUCGUAACAACAAAAAACCACCAACUGGCUCGAGUAACAACAACAACAACUCACAAGCAGCAAAAUCUGGUGCCACGGAACCGCCAUUGGUGAACGGGUCGUCGUCGUAAGUCGCGUGAAAUUUAAAUUUUUCAGAAAAUUUUGGAUCAAAAAUGGAAUUGGCAAAUUUUCCUUUCAUUUUUUUUUUUAUACGAAAAUUAAUUUGAAAUUAUUUUUUAAAACCAUUAAAAUUACCGUAUUUUAACAU